AUGGAUCUCAACGAUACCUGUGCUCAGGGUCAUACACAAGAAAGAGCGGACGAACUGCUGAAGGAAUUUGGCUACAAUGUCUUAACCCCACCGAAAAAAAAGUCGCAGCUAUUGGCACUAAUGAAAUCUUUGUUUGGUGGAUUUAACUUUUUACUUUGGCUUGGAUCCUUCGCAUCAGUUACAAGUUUUAUAAUUGAAAACGUCGAACAAAGUGGAAAUGUUGCUCUCGACAAUCUUUAUAUGGGUAUUGUUCUUGUGGUUGUCGUUGUUAUCACCGGACUUUUCUCAUACUACCAAGAGCAUAAAAGCUCAAGAAUUAUGGAAAGCUUUGCAAAAUUAGCACCUCCAACUACAAUGGUAAUUCGAGAUGGUGUGGCUAGAAAGAUUGAUGCAUCGAUGAUAGUACCAGGUGAUAUUAUACAAAUAAGAGCAGGUGAUCGUAUUCCUGCUGACGCUCGUGUAAUUAGCAGUUCUGGUUUUAAGGUUGACUGCUCAUCGUUAACCGGUGAAAGUGAACCGCAAAAUCGUUCGCCUGAGUGUACUCAUGCAAAUCCAUUAGAAACUGAUAAUUUGGUACUUUUUGGCACUGGUGCUGUAGAAGGCAAAUGCACAGGAAUAGUAAUUCUUACUGGAGAUAGAACGAUAAUGGGUCGAAUUGCAUACUUAACAUCACGAGUUGAUUCUGGAAAGACGCCGAUUGCUCGAGAAAUCGACAAUUUUAUUAGAAUCAUUGGAAUUGUAGCUGUAAUAAUUGGAUUGUCUUUUUUCAUAAUUGGUUUAUUUUAUGGAUAUUCUUUGCUGGAAGCUAUGGUAUUUCUUAUUGGAAUUAUUGUAGCGAAUGUUCCCGAAGGCAUCGUUGCUACCAUGACGGUUUGUUUAACUUUAACAGCUGUUAAAAUGAGGAAAAAAAAUUGUCUAGUUAAAAAGUUGGAAGGUGUUGAAACUCUUGGCUCAACCUCAACUAUCUGUUCAGAUAAAACUGGUACAUUAACGCAAAAUCGAAUGACUGUUACUCAUGCAUGGUAUAAUGAUAAAAUGUGUAAAGUGAAUUUUAAUGGAGCGAAACGUCCACAUGCACCGGUAGAACCAUCAUCAAUUCUUGACAUGAAGUGCUUCAAAGGAGCUAAAGGUGCAUUUUUACGAUGUGCUGCACUCUGCUCAAAUGCCACAUUUAAGGAUGAAAAUCGAGAUGUCAAAAUAUUACAACGUGAAGCAAAUGGUGAUGCAUCUGAAAUAGCUAUAAUGAAAUACUGCGAAUAUAUUUGUGGCGAUGUAAUUGCAUAUCGAAAUUUUUUUCCAAAACUUUGCGAAAUUCCAUUUAAUUCAACGAAUAAAUUUCAAAUUUCUGUACACAGAAACGAUGCUAAAAGUUGCUUUGUUUUGGUUAUGAAAGGCGCACCAGAACAAAUCAUUAGUCGAUGUCAGACAUAUUUUCGACAAACUGGAGAGGAGCUUAUGUCAAAACAAGAUUUGCAGUUGUUUCAAGAUGCUUACGAAUAUCUUGGUGGAUUGGGUGAAAGAGUAUUAGGAUUUUGCGAUUUGGAUCUCGACUCUUCAAAAUAUCCAUCAGAUUUCAAAUUUACAACAGAACCACCAAAUUUUCCGCUUCAAGGAUUACGAUUUCUAGGACUUAUCUCUAUGAUUGAUCCGCCAAGACCAGCUGUGCCACAUGCUGUUAAACUUUGUCAAUCAGCUGGAAUCAAAAUUGUAAUGGUUACGGGCGAUCAUCCAUUGACAGCUGAAGCAAUCGCUCGACAGAUUAAUAUUAUAACUGAGGAAAGUGUUGCUUCAAGAAUUGUUAAUGACGAUGACACGUUAAAACGCCAGGAGCAGCCGGAUAAUGAUGAAAAAUGUCAUGCAAUGAUUGUACAUGGAGAGCAGCUUAAGAAAUUAUCAGAUGAUGAUUUGAAUUAUAUUGUAAACCAUUAUUCUUGCAUUGUGUUUGCCCGAACAUCUCCAACUCAAAAAUUGCAAAUAGUUGAGGCAUUCCAGCAUGCAGGUCACAUUGUGGCUGUUACUGGAGAUGGUGUUAAUGAUGCACCGGCAUUAAGAAAAGCUGAUAUUGGCAUAGCAAUGGGAAUAGCGGGUACAGAUGUUUCAAAGGAAGCAGCUGAUAUGAUUUUAUUAGAUGACAAUUUUGCUUCUAUAGUUACCGGAGUUGAAGAAGGACGAAUCAUUUUCGACAACUUGAAAAAGUCAAUUGCAUAUACACUUACCUCGAAUAUUCCAGAAAUUACACCAUUUUUAUCUUACAUUCUUCUUGGGAUACCUCUACCAAUGAGUGUUGUUGCCAUUUUAUGCAUUGAUUUGGGAACUGAUUUGUGGCCAGCUAUAUCUAUUGCUUACGAAGAAGCAGAAACAGAUAUUAUGAAAAGACCACCAAGAAAUGCCAAAUUCGACAAGCUUGUCAACGCAAGAUUAAUGAAUUUUUCAUAUUUGCAAAUUGGUAUUAUGCAAGCAGUGGCUGGUUUCAUGACUUAUUUUGUCAUUAUGGGUGAAAAUGGAUUUCAUUUUUUCCGAUUGCUUUCAAUUCGUGAUGAAUGGAAUGAUCCAUUGAUAAAUGAUUUAGAAGACAGUUAUGGGCAGCAAUGGACAUAUGAUGCUCGAAAAGAUCUGGAACACUGUUGUCAUGGAGCUUUUUUUUACGCAAUUGUUGUGGUACAGUGGGCUGACUUGUUAAUCUCAAAAACUCGUUAUAAUUCAAUUGUACAACAAGGAAUGAGCAACUGGGUUUUAAAUACUGGCCUUUUAUUUACGUCAAUACUUUGCACGUUUCUUCUUUUUACACCUUACGUAAACAGAAUUUUUGGUUUGACACCUAUCAGGCUUAGUUGGGCGAUGAUUCCAGUACCAUUUGCUUGGAUGAUAUUUGCAUAUGAUGAAAUACGUAAAUAUUUCUGUAGAACUUACCCCAAUAGUUGGCUUUAUCGUGAUACUUAUUACUAACC